UUAUUAAUUUUGCGCAUGCGCAUCAUCAUAAUUCGUAAAAAGAGUACAAGAACUUAGAAUAUCACGGUAUACAUUGAUAACGUUCGAAUUUUUCGCCCAAGGAAACUUUAAUUAAUAGGAGGAUAAUAAGUCGUAAGUUUAUUGUAAUGAAUGGAAAGUCAGGUAUAGUGUAAGCAGGAAAACUGUGGAUUCGUAUAGUCAGAUACGGUAUAGUAAUAGAUUUUCCAACAAAACAUUGGGGCAUAUUUAAUGUUGAUAUAAGGCAUAUUUAUAUAUGUAAAAGCCCAAUACAACUAAAAGGCGUACAACUCUACGCUAUACCGGUGAGUUCCAACACAAAAUAUUGCUUGGUAGUACGGCGGACACUCAAAGCCAACUAACCAUGUCUGUACAAAGUGUUGCUCUGGCAUCUCUCACGGCCACCUAUACCGACUCGGAGGGCGAAGACGGGGUGGAAGACGACCUUCAGGAGAAUUCGAACACUCCCCAGGGGGCCGCCCCGCAUAAUGCCCAAGUCGGUCAGCCCCAGGCUUUCACCAGUCCCAAAUCUGGCACAUCAGCCUCAAAUAGUCCCGUUGUUGCUCCCAACGUCGGUGGCAAGUCUAGUAACGAUUUGUCGAACGCGCCCACCUUAGUAACAGAUGUGACAUCUAAGGUGCAGAGAUUGGUUUCAUACUUUGAUGAUUCAAUAGUCUCCGAUGACGAGGGAGUGGUACAGACACAGAUCGAUGGACAGCCUUUUGAAAAUGGAAGGCCCUCCUCGAUUAUGGAAUGCUCUCCCUGUUGUCAAGGAGAACAAUUAGUUUCAGAUAGCGAGGUGGACUCCUAUGGCGUCACUAUACCACCAGAGCCACCAGGGCAGUGUCCUGUGGAACUGCAGGAAAAAAUAACAAAACUUUUUAGGAAAAUGGAGAGCAGUGGUUUGGAUAUGAACAAAGUUAUUCAACAAAGGAAGGAUUUUAGAAAUCCAUCCAUUUAUGAAAAGCUAAUUCAAUUUUGUAGCAUCAAUGAAUUGGGUACUAAUUAUCCUCCAGACAGAUUUGAUCCAUUUAAGUGGGGUAAAGACUCGUAUUAUGAGGAACUUGCCAAAGUUCAAAAAACUGAGAUGGAUAAACUUGAAAAGGCUAGGAAAGAGAAAACAAAAAUUGAAAUCGUUUCUGGUACAGCUAAACGACCCAAUAAUUCUAGUACAACAGACGAUGAUGCUAAAAAAAGGAAAAGUAAAUGGGAUCAAGUUGCAACAGGAGCUACUGCCUCGAUAAAACCAACUGUUUUGUUGUCUCAACCAACUCUUACCACUUUAACAUCGUCUGCAACUGGUACCAAAGCAACGGUAAUAUCUGCUUUUGGAUCUUUACCAAAGAAAAGACUGUAACAUACACUGUAAAUCAUUUGUAAAUAUUAUGUUUUUCGAAAAAGCAACACUUCAUUCUUCAUUUAAUAUUACACCAUAUACAGCGAGUUUUAUAGAAAAGUGCAGCAAAUUUCAUGCAUGAAUUUGUAUACAGAUUCACACAGUAUGCCUAUAUUCGUAUUUAAUUAUUGGCUUUAUUGAAUUUAGUGAUUCAACAUUUAAUUUCAUGAGAUAAAGCAUUUUGAAAGUAUAUCAAUAGUAUGAGAUUACUAUCUUUACCAAUAAGAAUAACUGAAUAAAAAAGAAAAAGAAUAAUAAAAGCUAAGGAAGAAGGAUUCUGGAAUUAAAUGGCAAGUGGAAUAAUGUGUUCCACUAUUGAGUUCUUUUACCACUUUUUUUCUCUGUAAAAUAUUUUGAAUUUAAGAUACAUUUUGAUAUUCAUCAUCUUUACGUGAUAUUUUUUCUAUGCUAAUAAUAUGUUAAUGGAUUGAAAGAAAAGUAAAAG